GGCUACCGGAAGGUGCAGCCACUGAAGCUUCCCCCGAACACAGGCUUUCCGGCACUUUGCACUGAACCUCAUGGAUUUGAACCUGCAGUUCUGGAAAAGCGAGGGCAAAACUUUUACCCAAAGAUUUCGUCACUGGAUAGAUAUUUUGGACCCUUUGCUCAUAUUUAAAUCCAGGAAGGAAAUUGAAACAUCCAGAACACUUUUACUAACUAGCGGGCCAGACAUCACAAAGUCCUUGCAAAACAAAAAGAUAAAAGAAGCCUGGAAAUUAAGUUUGGCCUCUGUGAAUCCUGUCAGUGGUGAUAUAGUUCCUUCUGUGUUUCGGCUACCAGCUUUCCUGCCAAUUAUUGCUCCAUUGGCUGCUGGUAUUUCAUUACCGCAUAAAGGAACGAAGCGAUUAUUUUAUUGGCAGUUAUUCUUCCAUUUAUAUGCAAAUGGAUUCAGCGUGGCACAUGGGAGUUUUAAACAGGAUUCAGAAGAGCUUCCAUACAAGCAGAUGCUUUUCAGUGCUGGGGCAGUCCUAUAUUCUGCAAGCCUGGCAGCUUUUCCUCAUUACAUCAUGACUCGUUGUCAAGUACAGAGUCCUUCUAUGCAGUUGUUCCUGAAAGCCAUGCCAGGUCCGCUUACAGCCACUUUGUGUGCAUUUAAUGUGCUGGUAAUGAGAGCAAGUGAGCUUGAGAGUGGGAUAGAAGUUAUGGAUAGCAAAGGGAACAUUGUAGGAGUAUCACAGAAAGCAGGAGAAAAGGCGGUAAUAGAAACAGCAUUAUGCAGAGCAGUAAUGAUUGGGACAGCAGUAUGUAUUCCAGAUAUUGUUCUGCACUACUUAAAACGCACAUACGUUUCUCUCCAACAUCCACGUCUUUGCGGUUCGUUGAGGUCUGUGAUGGUUGUUUCAAUCCUUGGACUGAUGGUACCCAUUACAUUUAGUUGGAUUCCACAAUUAGGAACGAUACAACGAAGUUUAAUUGAGCCAGAAAUAAUCUCAUCCACUGAAGAAACAGAGUUCUUUUACAACAGGGGACUUUAACUUAUAGGAUAUUUGUUGAUACAUUCAUUUGAAGGUUUUGUUUCUAAGCUCAAAGAAGCAUCUUGAUUUUGCUGGAAGAAAGGAAUAUAAAAUCACUGGCGCCUUUUCAAAAGAGAAAAGAUUUAAUUUUGUGAUCUGCAUGUAACUAUUAAAAGCCUAUGAUGAA